AGAGCGCGCGGCGGCGUGAGGCGGCCGGGCCCGGCACAGGGGCGGGAAGGGCCGCGAUUGCAAAUUCUUCAGGACAGACGGUCUCUUGCUGUACGUGUACAGUGCCCGGCACAAUGGGGCCCUGAUCUUAGACUCUGGAGGCUACUGUAGCACAAAUAGCAAUGUGAGAAGAACAGAGCCCUAGGCCCUAUUCUUGCAAACAUUUAUGCCUGUGCUAAACUCUAUUCACAAGAUUGUGGGACUCCAUUAAAGAUAAGAAUCUCCCAAAGCAACGGGGCUGCUCACAUGAGUAAAAAGAAAAGAAGUACUUGUGGCACCUUAGAGACUCCUUUUCUUUUUACUGAUACAGACUAACACGGCUGCUACUCUGAAACCUCACAUGAGUAAGGUUAAGUAGGGAUGAAGUGUGUGCAGAAUUAGUGUAACUGCAGGCGGUGCGAGUGGAGAACUGGACUAGUGCUAGUCUGUGUGGUUGGAUCUAGUUUUCAGACUAGAGGGAUGUGAAUAUGAGCCAUAUGAUUAUUUAGAUAUUAGAAUUUUUAUUCAAAUUAGAAAUUGUCUCAUUUCUGGCACAGUUUCCGACUGAUGGUGUCACUUUUAUUGUUAAAGUCAGGACAAAACCAAACAUAUAAUACCAAGUGAGAAUCAGAUGCCCUGAAAAAGAACAAGAGAAACCCUGGCAUAGUAGUUCAAAAUAGAGCAAGUAGAAUGCAGAGCAAUAAUCUUUUAAUUUACAGACGAGAAUGAGACCACAGUCUGAAAUUUGGAACAAUCACAUUUUCUUGUCAGACAAUCAAAUUUGAAAUUUUAGUUUCCUGUAGGCAAGCAAUUUAUAUCUUGAACUUGUCAGUGUACUUUGCAGGGAGGAAGGCUGUGACUAAAGCACAAGAUUAAAUUAUUCAGGAGACCAGACUUUACUCAACUCCGCCAUUCACUUCCUGCUUCACAAAUCCCUUAAUUGUCUUUUGUUUUCUCCUCUGUGAAAUGGGAAUAGUAAAAAUUGCUUACCUCAAAGGGAUGUUACAAGGUGGCAUUAGAUAAUAUUUGUAACUUAUGUUGUCCUUUGGACAGAGGUGAAAGUAAGCCAGUACGCCCCAGUUCGGCGUACCGGCAAGAGCCGGUGCACCAUACUGGGGCAGCCCGGCUUCCCCAGGGGGCAAUGUAAAGGGCUUGGGGCUCCCAGUAGUGGCUGGAGCCCCAGGCCCUUUAAAUUGCUUCCAGAGCCCCACUGCUGGAGCCCUGGGGUAUCAGCUGCGGGGCUCUGGCGGCUAUUUAAAGGGUCUGGGGCACCCCUGCUUCUACCGCCCCAGCCCUUUAAGUAGCCACUGAAGCCCCACCGCCACUACUCCAGGGCUCCAGAGGCUAUUUAAAGGACCGGGGCAGUAGAAGCAGGGGAGCCGCAGGCCCUUUAAAUAGCCCUCAGAGCCCUGAGGUAGUGGGGGCUCCAGGAGCUAUUUAAAGGGCUGGGGCUCCAGCUGCCUCUGCUGCCCCGGUCCUUUAAAUAGCCGCUGGAGCCCUGCUGCUUCCCCUGGGCUCUGGCGGCUAAUUAAAGGACUGGGGCAGUAGAAGCAGUGGAGCCCCAGGCCCUUUAAAUAGCCCCAGGAGCCCUGGGCUGCUGCUGCUACCCCAGUGGGGAAGGGGGAGAGGAGAACGGGGGGGGCACUUAGCUUACAGGGUGGGCUGGGGCUGGCUCUGACCCCCUCAGCCCCACCCCUUCCGGCGGCCAGAGCUGGCCCCAGCAUACCGGUAAGUCACUCGAUUUACUUUCACCCCUGCCUUUGGAUAGAUACACACGCAAAGUAUUUAUCUUUCAAUUUAAUGAAAUGUGAUAUUUGACAUAUAUUCUCUUUUUAUAGAAUUCAACAGAUGAAUUUGCAGAGAAAGUGGACAUUAUACCUGCAAAGUAAAGGCUUUCAUAGUGAUGAAUAAUGUAAAGAUCUUUGCAGACAGUUUUUAAUUGCAGAAGAGCAGCCUUACAGCCAGCGAGCAAGUUCUUAUCUGCACAAGCCAUAGAAGAAAAAUCAUAUUUAUAUUAACAAUUUCAUUGGCUGAGUGUCUGCCCUAUUGUAACUUUGGAUAUAAGCUGUGAUUUAUUUUUUUCGUAUUUCAUAGGAAAAUGGCUUUUCAGUUUAACUUCUCUAUUGAAGAGAAAGCAGAAAAUGAACUCGAGACUCUUGGUGUUACAGCCUUGCAGCUGGAAUCUGCACAGGCUUCUUUGAAUCCAGGUGGAUCUACAGAAAAGAGCAAAGAAAUUUCAUCAGAAGAAAAUGUUGUGCACAAGGAGUCUCUGUGUGCACAGGAGGCAACACCCAAAACUGCAGCUCCAUUAGCAAACUGUAGCCCUGAUAAAAGCCAGGUCCAGGUGCUGCCAAAGAAACGAGCCCACUUUAAAGUUGCCAAAGAGCAUAAUAUUCCUGAAGAUUUCAGCAAAGUGUUAGAAAAUAAAGUUAUGGAAGCUGUACAGGGCCUAUACUAUGUAAAUAUUUCCCUGGUGGAAAUGACCCUUUCAAAUGACUCCCAUGAUGAAGACAUAGUGUCUAAAAGUAUUUCUUCUCACUCUGAUCUCAUCACAGGCAUCUAUGAAGGGGGGCUGAAAAUAUGGGAAUGCACUUUUGAUCUCAUGGAUUAUUUGGCAGAGGCUGAAAUGCAGUUUAUCAACAAGACAGUCUUGGAUCUUGGUUGUGGGGCUGGGCUGCUGGGAAUAGUUGCAUUAAAGAGAAAAGCUAAAAAAGUCCACUUUCAGGACUAUAACCACACUGUGAUUGAUGAAAUAACCUUGCCUAAUGUGGUGGCUAACUGUACUGAUGGCGGUGGUGAUGGCGGAAUUAGUGAACCUCCUUCAAAGAAGCACAAGAAAGGAAACUUCGUACCAGCUCUAAUGUCUAAGUGCAGAUUUUUUUCCGGAGAAUGGGCUGAGUUUAGCCAACUCAUGUUAAGCGUCAGCAAACCCUUUUCAAAGUAUGACCUUAUUCUCACAUCAGAGACCAUCUACAAUCCUGACAACUACAGUGCUUUGCAUGAUACGAUUUCUAAACUAUUGGAUAAAAAUGGCCGUGUGUAUUUGGCUAGCAAAGCACAUUAUUUUGGAGUGGGAGGCGGUGUGCAUAUCUUUGAGAAAUUCAUUGAAGAGAGGAAUGUGUUCAGGACUAGAACUGUCAAAGUUAUCAAUGAAGGACUGACGCGGUACAUUAUUGAAAUAGCCUUUAAGAUUUCCAGUUAAUCCACUAAUUCCCCAUUGUGCCUGUUAAAUAUCUUAAUAAAGAUGUGAUUUAUAGCCA